GUGAGGCGCCAAAAUCAUCUCUCCUCCGUAGACAAUCUAACUUGGACCAUCAUCGCCAUUAGAGACUUGGCCACACCUUAUCCACACACCCACCUUCUGAUUCUGAUAACACCAACAUACCCAAAACCCCCCUGAAAGCCGAAGCCGAGAAAAAUCCAACAGGGAUUUUAGAAAGACUGGAAAUUGGAAAGACAAAGGAAAGAACUGGGAAGAUGUCAGUGGCAUCCUCAAUACCUUGCAUCAGAAUCCCAAACUCAUCAUCGUCUUGCUCAUCUCCUCCGUGUUCAUCUUCAUCAACAACCUCCACCUCCUCUUGUUUUAGAUUUUCGACAGCAACAAAGCCUUAUUCUUUCACCAUCAGGAGCUCUCAAGCUGAAGGACCUAUAAGGAGACCUGUUGCUCCUCCUCUUAGAGAACCCUCUCCACCAGCUCCUUCACCUCCUUUGAAGCCUGUCCCUCCUUCUCCACCAUCUUCUCCGGUUGCUCCACCACCUAAGCCGGUUGCUCAGGUGGCUGUGGGGGACAAGAAUGUUAUCACUUUAGAGUUUCAGAGGCAAAAGGCUAAGGAGCUUCAGGAUUAUUUUAAGCAAAAGAAGCUUGAGGAGACUGAUCAAGGCCCUUUCUUUGGGUUCCUUGGCAAGAAUGAGAUUGCCAAUGGAAGAUGGGCAAUGUUUGGUUUUGCUGUUGGGAUGCUAACAGAGUACGCUACAGGCUCAGACUUUGUUGAUCAAGUAAAGAUUCUUCUCUCCAAUUUCGGGAUAGUUGAUCUAGAAUGAUUGGAAUCAUCAUCCUCGGUGGCUGUAUACUUUUUGACUUCUGUAAUUGCCUUCUUGAUCUUCAAACCCAUAAAUACAUUUUCAAUUUCUGUAAUUGCUGUAUCAUAACCUGUAUUCUACAACAACAUGCUUUCUUGAUGGAUUAUCAUAAACUGAACCAUUGAUGUUCCCUUGCUUCGCAAGAAUACAAGUUUUUCAUUUUGAUUA